AUGCGCUACCAGGCUGAGCUUGGAGAUGUCGAUUUCAUUACAGGCGAUUAUCUUGCAGAAGUCAACAUAGCCGAGAAUGCACAGGCUCACGCCGCUGGCACGCAUCCAGGAUGGGAGCAGACUGCUUGGGAUGGGAUCGAGCAGACCAUUGAUCUGUUAGCUGAGAAGAGGAUCAAGGUUGUUGUUAAUGGCGGAGCGCAUAAUCCGAGAGGGCUAGCGGAGAAGGUGCAGGAAUUGGUGACGAGUAAGGGGCUGGAUUUGAAAGUGGCGUUCGUGCUCGGCGAUAACUUGAUCGAGGAGAUGAAGGACAUCCGAGAGAAGGGCUUGCCGCCACAUCUUGACUCCAAUAACAGUGAUAUCACAGUUGCAGAGCAUACGCUAGAUCUCCUAGAGAAGAACGACAAGCCGAUCGUUAGUGCAAACGCGUACCUGGGGGCUCGCGAGAUUGUCAAGGGACUUGAACAGGGCGCAGAUAUCAUCAUUGCAGGACGAGUCGCGGAUGCGAGCCCGGUUAUCGGCGCAGCGUGGUACUGGCAUGGUUGGGCUGACACAGAUUAUCAUGAGCUCGCUGGAGCGCUCAUCGCCGGCCAUCUGAUCGAGUGUAGUGGCUACGUGACAGGGUCGAACUUCGCCGGCUUUUACGAAUAUCCAUUGGAGGAUCUGUUCGAUCUUACUUUCGGAAUUGCUGAGGUUGAGAAAGACGGGACGUGUGUCAUUACGAAGCAUGAUGCGAAGAAGGGGUUUGUAACCGAAGACACUGUGAAGUGUCAGUUCUUGUACGAAUUGCAGGGCAACAUAUACUUGAACAGCGAUGUCAAGUCGAUACUGGAUGACGUGCAAGUCAAGGCGGAAGGCAAGAACCGAGUACGCGUGUGGGGGAUCAAGGGCGCGCCACCUCCACCAACGACAAAGCUGGCUGUCUUCUACCGCGCUGGGUACCAGAGUGAAGUCGUUGUAAACGCGACUGGCUACGGUACAGCCGAGAAGUUCGACAUGUACGAGAAAAUGUUCAAAUUCGGUCUCAAGCGUCUCGGCAUCCUGGAAAAAUUCGAUGUUCUGGAGUUCCAGCGCAUCGGAGUUCCUGAGUCGAAUCCCAAGAGCCAGUUGAGAUCAACAACAUACCUACGCAUCUUUGCUGAGGCCAGCGACGAGAAAGUGAAUCUAGCACUCGCUAGUCUACUUGGCGAGUUCGCUAUGCAGCACUACUCUGGCUUCCACAACAGCUACGAGACUCGCGACCCCGUCGAGCUUUUGUCCUUCGGCCAGACAACACGUGCAAGGCUUGGCGACAUUGCACUUGCGCGCAGCGGCGACAAGGGCGGCAAUGCAAACAUCGGCUUCUUCAUCCCGACUCAGCUUCCUUCAGCUUACCCUGCCUCGUCGCCUCUAUACGCUGAGUCGUGGGAUUGGCUCCGCAGCUAUCUCACGAUCCCCAAACUAAAGGAGAUGUUUGGUGAAAGCUGGAGCGACAAGUUCUACAUUGAGCGAGUCGAAUUUCCGAAGAUCAUGGCAGUGCACUUUGUAGUAUACGGUGUGCUCGGAAGAGGUGUCAGUGGAAGCAGUAGACUGGAUUCUUUCGCGAAGGGUAUGGGUGAUUGGCUGAGAGAUGUUGAGGUUGAUGUGCCAGUCAAGAUUCUGGAAGGGCGGAGGAGGGUACAAGAUGAGGAUGCAGCGAAUCGUUCGAGGCUAUGAUAGGUCGGUGUAAUCUUCCGGAAUCGAGUUAUUGUCGAUGAGGAAGAUGGCCUCAGAGAGAGUCCGCUUCGCCAAGCCGGUGAUGACGUAAUUGCGUUUGUACAUCAUCGCUACCGUUGUUGCACAGCC